CGAGCAUCUGAGAUUUGGAAAUCUGACGUUCAUAGCCCUUACUCGUGCACACAUAGAGGGGGGAAGUGGGUGUACACACUAGUUGUACUGUGUGGCUCUACAGUGCUUCAGUUGAGAUGAGCUCACCCAGCCGAUGCGCACGUCGUAGCACCCUGCCAAUGUGAGAAAGGCGCAAGGACGGCGAGCAGCAGCCCCGGGAGGCAUCGGGAAGAGUGGAUGCUUUUGUGCGAAGGCUGCUGUGGGUUUUUUUUUACGCACAAACUCAACAGAGAGACGCGUAAAGGAUCGUGCGUAUCGUUGGGGAGAUUCGGUGGAUUUGUAGCCUGUGUGAAUGGAUGAGAAUCACCGACUGGACUGGACUGGACUUCGGAGCUGAGCGGCUGAUGAGAGGAAGCCCACUUUGAAUAAAACGCUCUUCUUUUCUUCUUUGUUCCUCUUCUUCGUAAAAUGUCAGGAUUUCGUCCAUCACCCUCUGUCCACUUCAAGCCAUGGGCUGCUCAUUUGGAAGGACGCCAGACCUCCAGCCUCUCAAAUCUGCAAGUUCAGUCCAAUAAAUUGUGACAUUGUCUGUCAGCUUUUGGAAUAAGAAAUCGAUACUGGAGAAAAGGAACGCGGCAUUCUUCCCGGAAUCUUAACGAUCUAUUUAUCCCCCGUCGCCAUAUCCUUAUAAAUAUGCGAUUCGCUUGGAUUUGCUUUGGUCCAGCUUCACGCGUUCGUAGCUGGACCGGCGCUGAUAGUGACUGAUUAUUGCCGUUGAAUUUUUUGUCAAUGCAAGACUCGGGGUGGAAACAUGUCUGGCCACUUCUUUGAGAGGAUCACUGCUAUCAGAGAUGGCAUUUUGGUCCAGCACUUCGGUUUUCACCUCUAAAGUGCCCCGGAAAAUCUUAUUCAUGUUCACCCUCUCCCUCUCUGUCACCUACUUGUUCUACAGCUUGAUGAGCUGCUACAACUCGCUGCAGUUCCCCCUGCAAGAGAACUACGCGUACCAGGGGCGGCUGGUGACGGAGGAGACAACUUUUGUGACAUUGAGGGAGAAACUUUACUCCGCUUCCCAGGGCUUGGCCGAGUUCACCGGGGCCGAGGGGACCACCGCGGUCUCCGCCGUGCGGGACCAUGCCGAGGCCGAGCAGAGGACGGUGGAGUGGAUUAGGACGCAGGCGGCUCCGACUAAAUCUGCGGCGGCGGCGGCGGCGGCUGCUGCUGCUGCGUAUCACACCACCGCGCUGGAGAGGGAGCACCAGGAAUUCAGCACCACGGACAGCGAACUCAGGGUGAACUGCACCUCGGAUUACGGGGAGAAGAAACUUCCCCAGGCCAUCAUCAUCGGGGUGAAGAAGGGGGGGACCCGAGCCCUGCUGGAGGCGCUCCGGGUGCACCCGGACGUCAGAGCCGUGGGGAACGAGCCACACUUCUUUGACAGGAACUACGAGAGGGGGCUGGACUGGUACAAAGACCUGAUGCCUUCGACGCUGGAGGGGCAGAUCACCAUGGAGAAGACACCCAGCUACUUUGUGACUAACCAUGCCCCGAAGCGCAUCCACACUAUGGCCAGGGACAUCAAGCUUAUUAUAGUGGUGCGUAAUCCGGUCACCAGAGCCAUUUCAGACUACACGCAGACGUUGUCCAAGAAACCUGAGAUUCCGACCUUCGAGGUUCUGGCUUUUAAGAACCGGACGCUGGGUCUCAUAGACGCCUCGUGGAGCGCGUUGCGUAUAGGAAUAUAUGCGCUCCACCUGGAGAGCUGGAUGCAGUAUUUCCCGCUCUCCCAGAUGCACUUUGUCAGCGGGGAGCGGCUGAUCGUGGAUCCCGCGGGUGAGAUGGCCAAAGUCCAGGACUUCUUGGGACUGAAGCGGAUUGUCACGGACAAACACUUUUACUUCAAUAAAACGAAAGGAUUUCCCUGUCUGAAGAAGCCCGAGGACAGCAGCACUCCCAGGUGCCUUGGCAAGUCCAAAGGGAGAACUCACCCUAAAAUUGACGCCGACGUGAUUCGCCGGCUGCACAAGUUCUACAAACCCUUUAACAUGAUGUUCUACCAAAUGACCGGACAGAACUUUGAAUGGGAGCUGGGGGACGACAGUGAAUCCCGCAGCUCUCAGGACUAGCAGACUGCAGGAUGGCCCGGCGCAGCCACACCACCAGCCUUCUCACUGAAACUUCUGUUGUCCCGCUUCGUCUACAGAGAGAGUGCUUGAGCACGCCAAUCAGUCAUGGCUGUCUUUGCAGUGUCUGUACCCAUUAGCAAGAGUUUACUGACAUGCUUUUUUUCUCUCCCUCCAAUACUAAUGGUCAUGAUGGAAAAAAAAUCAUUAUUGUACAUACUAAACAUAAAAUAUAUUUAUAUUUGUGAAAAGGA